GGUCAUGGCUGUAUCGCAAAAUUUACUGCGCAGGGCUUGACAACAGACCACGAAGCCCAAGAAUGCCCAAUGAAAUGUCCCUUUAUGCCACUGAGCGGUCAAUGAUUUGCAAUUGGUAGCUUCAGCCAAAGGAUAAACUUUCAGUUUACCUAGCCCGUGUUCCCUGAUUUCCAUUUCCCUUACAAUUUCUCUUGUCUGGGACAACUAGUCUUCCAGCCGGCCGGCUCAAGACAGUCUCUCCCUUUUUCCCGUUCCUGCAUCCGCCCCCCAUUCCGGUCGCCAUGUCCACCCAUAGGGCACCAGCGCAGCGUGUCCCGGCUUGGAAACGAUUGGGCCUCAAGCUCAAGGGCGCUGCAUCUGGGGAAAGCCCUGCUUUUGCUCCAACAGGAACCGGCUCCACAGACUCGGACGCAAAUAAGUCUGCCCCUGCCCACCGCCAUCCCAAUGCCAAUGCAGAUGUGAGCGGCCGUCUUGCUCAAGCCCAUACAAACGGCACCAAAAGGAAGCAACCGCCAACUGCCUCGGCCUCGACUUAUCGUCAUACUGAGUCCGACCUAGGUCCUGUCAAGAGGCUCCGAAGGGACGGUCCUUCGUCGACCCCCGCAGAAGGCGAGGCAGGCUCUCGAAAAUCAGAGAAGUCUGUUUCCUUUACCGAAGAUACCAAGGGGCAAGAAGACGGCGAUUCGAAGUCUCCCAAGAAAACCAAGAAGAAGGCGAAGAAGCCCAAGGCCCCCAAGCCCCCAAAGGCCGGGUCAGUCGAGAUCUUCAGCCUCGAGCCGUCAAUUGCCUACCUCCGCCAGUGGGAUACAGCCCGGGAGUCCUGGAAGUUCAACAAGAACCACCAGACUCUGCUGAUCAAGUACGUCUUCGACCAGGACAAAUUGCCGUCGGCGGACGUCGGCACAUUCUACAAGUACAUCCGUGACCUCAAGGGCUUCGUUCGGUCCAGGCUACGGGAGGCGGCGGAAGAGAUCAAGCAGAAGGAUAUGGAGCAGGGAGCGGCGGCAUUCGCCAAGUCGACCCAGGACAAGGAGGACAAGCAGAAGGAGUACGACGACGUCCUGUCGCAGCUGUUGCAGGCCCAGCAACAAGGGGACAAUGACACCACCAACGGCACCAAUUCCAACGGCAAGCGCAACUUCGACGAGGUGGAAUUCGUCCUGCGGACGAUCAGCCCCGAGGUCAAGCAGCGCGUGUUGAAGCGCAUGCGUGCCGAGAUGGUGCUCGACGAGCUAUCCGACAGCGACGAGAGCACGACGUCAACGACCACGUCGUCGUCGACGAACACGGCCUCGUCGUCGGCGGCGGCCCAGGAGACCGCCGAAGCGGCACAGGGGGGGAAGCGCGUAAAGCUGAACGACGGGUCGCAAAAGGUCAAGCGGCGCAGGCUGAGGAAUGUCAGGACAGAGAACGUUGGGAGUGAUGACAGCAGCUCCGAGUCGGAUGCCGAGUCGAGCUCGGGAUCAAGUAGCAGCAGUAGCUCGGAGGACGAGUCGGACGAUGAAGAGAUGCCGGCGGCUGCCGACCUUAACGGUGAUGGUGCGUCUUCCAGCAGCUCGUCUUCGUCAUCUGAUUCAUCAGGAUCCGAGUCAGACUCGGACCUCGAGUCUGCAUCAGGAGUCGAGACGGGCGGAGAUGGAGAAGAAAGCGAGGAUGACUGAUGCAUGGCUCUGACCAAAACGAAAAUCCCGUUAUUAUGUUACCUGACAUUGGAGUGGCGGCUUUCGGGCACGGGGAGGGAGUGUGGUAUUUGCAGCUCGGAGACGACGGGCGUUUCUGGGUGUGUGGCUGGGAAAAUAGACAGGUGUGCAACAUCUAGAUACCAUAUAACACAUGAUGACGGCUUACAACGAGAAUCCCUCUUCGGUAUUGAAUCGUGGGUAGGCGGUCUCGGUCUAUAACUUGUG